AUUGAGCUCUAGCGCUUCGCGAUUGUCUAGGAAGUUCCGCCAAUCGAUGGCAACUACCGCUUAGCUCUUUCCACGCAUUUACGGUUUGUUGAAAAUUGGUGACACUUGGCGGAAUCAUUGGACAGAGCCGGAACUCAGAGAGAGAGAGAGUGUUUACCCACUUCCGGCGGGAAGGUGUUUAGGGACGGACCGGCAAGUGUGCACGCAAAGGAGCGCGCGGCUCACAUCGUUGAGAUAACUGUUGGACACCACAUUUUCAAAUAUGAACAUUUUUAAUAUGCACCUGUUGAAUGUUAUCAGAAGAUCUGUCUUCCAAUUAGCUGCACAAGAUGGGGCAAAAAUUAACUUAUUUUUAAUAAUGCCCAGCAAGGCCAUUAGUUGUAGAACACUGGUUUUGUCUACUUGGUGGAACAAAAAUACCCUGCCAAGUGCCACUGAAAAAUUAGAUUUGGAUGGAUGGAAACAGGUCAUGCGAACUGCCUUGCAAGAGGAAAGUACAUCAGAGAGUGAAGAAGUCAGUGAAAAAACAUCGGAGAGCGGAGAAGACUCUCAUGAAGCAGCUACUAGGGAACUUGUUGAGAUGUGGAGACUUUCAGGUAAAGCUGUUCCAGAAAAUAUCAGUGAAGAAGAGUUAAAGAUCCUAAUGGAACGUCCCACUAAGACUUCCAAAAGGAAGUACUUAAAAUUCUUGGCUAUAAAAGAAAAUCUGAAGAAAGCCAAGAAAGAAAAGCAGAAUAAACAAAAAGAAGCAAGGAAAGAAUUAAUCCAAAAAGCUAUGGAAAAUUCUGAUGGUGAACUAAAAAAUACAUUUCUCAUGAAAUUUUGGACCAAGUCAGAGGAUGCUGUGUACAACUGGAGAGCUGCUCAGUCUAUGAUCUUUGGGCAACCUCUGGUGUUUGACAUGGACUAUGAAAAUUGUAUGUCACAUAGAGAAAUAAAGAAUGCAGUGAAACAGCUCGUGGAAUCUGAAGGGGCCAAUCGUAGAGCUAUAGACCCAUUUCACUUGCAUUAUUGUAAUUUCAAAGCAGAUGGUCCAUAUCACAAAGAAUUGAUCACAUUUUAUGGAGAAGCAUGGGACAAGUUGUUUGUGACUGCGACACAGAAGAGUCAUGUUGAAAUCUUUCCAAGAGAUCAGCUUGUCUACUUAACUGCUGACUCUCCCAAUGUGUUGAAAGUAUUUGAGCAUGAUAAAAUCUAUAUAAUUGGAACGCUAGUUGAUAAGUCUAUACAGACAGGAGUCUCCCUUGCUCGUGCAAAACGGCUUAAAUUGGUAACUGCACGACUUCCUUUGGAUUCAUAUUUGCAGUGGGAGGAAGGUGCCAAAAACCUCACUCUUAAUCAAAUGAUGAAUAUCUUAUUAACUCUGAAAGAUACUGGGAGCUGGAAAGAAUCUCUGCAAUUUGUUCCACAAAGAAAACAUGCAGGAUUUGUGGACACCACAAAGCAACAAAGUGACAUAUGGAAGAACAAGAUAUAUGGGAGAACAGUUACCCAAGAAAAGUCACACAAGCCAUUUGCAAGGAAUUCCUCUAGAUUGGAAACACAGAAAAAAUGGUGGGAAGACGCAGUCUAAUAGCAUAUUAGUCACCCAGUUAUGAUUGAUGUAAGUUUUCAUAUAAAUCAAAAUUUAGCGUAAAUGGGUUUUUCAUUACUUAAGCAUUUCUCUGGCACACUGAAGUCACAUUGAUAAGUAGUUUAAAUACAUGUUUAAUUUUUCUACAGAAAUCAGUAGAACAAAUUCAGCUGCAUUGAGUUAGUGUUAGUGUUUAGUGAUGGAAGAAUGUCCAGGCACUUAAGAACUCAACGAUAACAAAACGUGACUGUGCAAGUUGAGACUUCUACUAAUGUGGCAUCAUGUUUCUAGUAAGGAAUUCAAAGCUUUCUUGUUCUGGCUGCCAAAUAAACAUUUCCCUCAAUGCUAUAACAUGAGGCCAGAAAAGAGUUGCAGCUUUCAGGCUUGAAAAGAUCCAUAGAUGUUAAUGCCUGAGAUCUGCUAUUAGCCCCAACUUGGCAAUGUGGAAUGUGUGGUUUUCUACAGCCUCCCUUUUAGUAGCUCAUAGAUGGGAAGCAUCUGAUAGUUCAGCAGGUCUACUCAACAAAUUGUGGUUGCUUUAAACAUUUGUCAGACAACAAGGACCCUAAACUUUGGGUAACUUGCACAUGUCAACUUUAUUCAAGAAUUACUUAAAUAUUGCAAGAGGUAUUACUGAAAAAUAAAUUAUGAUUUCUUUGA